AUGGAACAAUUACUUGUAAGUAUCCAUGUCAUGAAACGAAAAAAUCAUCGAUCUAAUGUUUGUUCUUUUACAGUUAAUUAUACUCAAUCGAAUAAAGCGAACUAUAUUCGUAUACCACCCGAUACCUCUGCAAUUGAUGUGAAAGACUAUCUCAUUCAGCGAUGUUGUAAUAAACGUCCAUCAUUGGUUAUUUCGAUGACGGGUAGUACCAAAGAAUAUAAUAUGAAAUCGAAAUUAUUUCGAAUCUUUCGAAAAGGUCUUCUUAAAGUAGUCCAAACUACUGAUGUUUGGAUUAUUACUGAUGGUAUCAAUACGAGUAUUACGAAACUGAUCGGCGAGAUUAUUCGUACAAAUCCUGAUUCAUCUCGACCAAUUCAUUUAAUUGGUAUUGCCACUUGGGGUUAUAUAUCUGGUGUUGAUCAACUUGAUGUUCAUGGUACUAAUGUGCAUUAUGCUAAGCCGAGAAAUGUUCAAAAAGAUGAAGCAUCUUUGGAACCAAAUCAUACAGAAUUUAUUUUUAUUGACGAUGGAACACGAAGUAAAUAUGGUGGUGAGAUUGAAUUUCGUACUCGAUUCGAAAAAGCCAUCGCAGGUGAAUCAUUUUCCUCAGAAAAUACUACGAUUCAUCGUCGACAUAGUUCACAGGAUUGGAGUGCAAAUGAUUCUGUACCUGCUGUUCUUCUUGUUAUUGAAGGUUAUCUAGAAACAAUUAAAACAGUUCAUGAAACUAUCAUUCAAAAUAACAUUCCCGUUGUAUUGCUUGAAGGUACAGGUGGAUGUUGUGAUUUGUUUUCCAAAGCUUAUCAUUUAUACAACGAAUAUUAUAACAAAACGAGCAUAUCUGAUCGAACAAUUGCUGAAUCAGAUUUUUCAUCAGAACAAAAGGACCAAAUCAAAAAUAAACUUCGUGAAAAGCUUAAAAUAUGUAACAAUGAAAUGAAUCAAACAAUAUCGAAUGAAAAUGUUGAAAUAAAUUACUUUGAAUUGAUCUAUGAAUGUAUUGAAACACGAAAAAUAUUGUUAAAUAUUAUCAAUUUUAAUGCUCAUAGUCUAGUUGAACUAGAUAUGGAUUUGGCUAUUUUGCAAGCGUUGCUUAACGCCACUUCUGGCAAUGAUUCUUCGAAAACUACCAUUGAACAAAAACGUGAACAACUCUAUUUAGCACUUGAAUGGAAUCGAAUUGAUAUUGUUAAAAAUUUUAUUAUGAAAGAUGAUCGAGAUUGGAAGUUAGUCGAUUUAAACGAUCUAUUCGAAAUGGCACUUGUUCGAAAUCAAAUAAGUUUUGUUCAACUUUUCCUUGAUCAUGAUUUUUCAUUAGUUGAUUUCUUUGAAAAUCAUGAUAAACUUGUAACGCUCUAUAAAAAUGAAAAUUUUAAUUUAACACAGGACUUGAACAAUCCUUUACGAUCAAUUUAUAAGCAAAUUAUUCAACCGCUUACGGGCGAUUUUUUUGAAGUCAAUGCUGUAUUGAAUCCAGAUGAGGUUUCACAUGAUACUGAAUUGGAUGAUGAAAUAUGUUCAUGUUGUACAAUAACUUAUCAUAAGAAUUCAUCUAUUCAACAUAUCAACGGUAGUUCGAAAAGAUCAAUUAUGACUUAUAUGGAUGUUGAUAAAGAACUUUUUCUCUGGUCGAUAAUAACUGGUAAACAAGAUCUUGCUUUACUAUUCUGGGCACGUGGAAAGAACAAGAUUUGUGCUGCUCUUAUAGCAACAUUACUCUAUAAGAUCAAAGCACGUAAAGAUAAAGAUCCAAGUUAUAAUGCUUUGGCGGAUGAAUUUCAAAAUUUAGCUGUACAAAUACUUGAAAAAUUCUAUCGAACAGAUCCGUCUGCAUGUACCAAAGCAAUAAUUCGACAAAUACCAGAAUUUGGAAAUGCGACUUGGUUACACUUAGCUGUUAUGGUUGAAGCUAAACAAUUUAUUGCACAAAGAGCUGUACAACGUGUACUUAGUGAUAUUUGGUAUGGCUACAUUGAUCAUACAGAAGACAAUCGACUUAUUAUUUUUUCCACUAUUAUGCUUUGGUACAGUGGAUUUCUUCAUUAUCAUCAAGAAAUGGUUGAAAGAACUGAACAAUUUCCUUUGAAAAGUUUUUACUCUCAUAUCAUUUUUCUUAUGCUCUUUUCUUAUGUAAUUUUAUGCGAUUUUUUUCCUCUCUACGAAUUUCAAUCGGAUAAAUGCUUUGAAAAUGGUGAAAUCAAUACCGUUAUUGAUAUUUCUAAUCAUAAUAUUAGUAAAAAAUCUUUAACAAUGACGAAUAAUAAUCAAACAUUUCACAAUGGUCUUCAUCGUCAUCACCAAUUAGCAACAACUGAAAUUAUUCUUGUUGUAUGGCUUGUCGCUUUGUUCUGUGAUGAAAUACGACAAGUUUUUGAAAUUGAAUUAAAAUCAAUUUAUGGUAAAAUUACAGCAUAUUUUUCAGUGUUCUGGAAUAAAUUAGAUCUCUUGGCACUAUUUCUCUUUUUUCUUGGAUUCACUCUUCGAAUUUGGCCAACAAAGCAAUGUUUUUGUGCUGCACGUAUUAUUCUUGCAGUUGAUUUAUCGCUUUGGUAUAUACGUACACUUGAUAUGUUUGCAGCUGUUAAACGUCUCGGUCCCAAGCUAGUUAUGAUUGGUGAAAUGGUAAUGUGUUAA